AGUGUCUAUUUGCUGUUCGAAAUUGUUCAUUUAAAAAAGGGGGAAAAUCCCCGGAUGACCCAUAGCGGAAGUCUCCGUCAAGAAGGCUUAGAAGAGUGUUAGCUAGGAAUGUUUUCCGGAGUAUCCCCGGUGUUUUACGGUAUUAACAUAAUCAGUCUGUGUUCUUCAGUUACUGCGUGCUAGAGAGUGCCAUCCCAGUGGGAGUGACUGUUGUGGACGAACUACCUAUGUAGCAUUUUAGAGCAUAUCCCCGCCUACGAAGGGCGGCUCGAAUGUCUCGAGGUAAAUACCACCGCCACUGACAGGAAGGGCAACGUAACAUGAGAGUACAAACCAUGUAUUCCCGUAAGUGAUUACUUUGACUGUAGAAAUUAAACGAGUCACUUGUCGUUGGUUAAAUUUAGUCUUGUAACAUUAUGAGUUCUAAUCUAUAAAGCAGUUGGACCUUAUCUGUAGCUGCACUUCCGCGUUGUCGGCUACAAGUGGGUCAACACCAACGACGUUAGAAAAGACUUGCUUUUAGAGAAGACAGAGAGGGGGUACAGUAACAUCAGGCUACUUUACAGCCCUUGGUUCGUCGCAGGGCAUAAAGAGGAAAACGAAAGUCAUGGGUGCAAGUCACAGCCAUGGUACUGCGAGUUCAAAGUCUGGCACAAGCUACGUUGUAGCAGAGCAGGCAACCUCGUCCUCGGCUCAAGAGUUCUUCCCUGUUCCUCUGGAGAUCCUGGAGGAAAUCUUCCUACAUGUUCCGGCCAACCAGGUGGUUCAUGUUUGUCGGUUGGUGUGCUCACAGUGCAAAGAAGUGGCUGACAGUGAAUCUUUAUGGAGAGAAAGAUGUAGAAGAGAAGGAUACAACCUUCGUGAUUCUUCCAAAACACCUGAAGACUGGAGGUUAUUUUACUUCUUAUGCAAGAAAAGAAGAAAUCUUCUCAAGAAUCCAAGAGGAGAAGGAAAAAUGACAGGUUGGAUGAUAAAGGAGAAUGGUGGUGAUGGGUGGAAAUUAGAGGACGUUAUGGUGCCACAUCCAAAUGAAGUAGUCAAGAAAAACUUUGUGACCUCUUUUCAAAUGUGCACAAAGGAGCAGGUAAUUGAUUUGGAAAAGGAAGGCUACAGCCCGACCUUUAUGGAUAAGUUCAAACCAGACAUCAAAAUAUCUGAUUGGUAUGCACCACGAUGGGAUUGUGGAUGUGAAUAUUCAAUCCUUGUGCAGUUGCUGGAUGCAAAGCAGAAUGUUAUCCAGUCGUAUACUCCCGAUACUGUUUUCUUUGAUCAAUGGAAUGAUCAGGAGUGGAAACAGAAGAUCCAUGUAUUCCGGGACUAUAGACGGGGAGUGAGAUACAUUCGUUUUAGCCAUGGUGGCAAGGACACACAGUUCUGGGCUGGAUGGUAUGGAAUACGUGUCACAGACAGCAGCGUUGAAAUAUGUCCAGCAGUGGACACAUAUGGUAGCAUGAGACGGAGUCUACAACCCAGACACGUGGCUCAGCUUAUCCAGGAUAGCACAUCAAUGCGAGCUGUGGCAAGAAGAAACAGACUCCAUGAGGAUGGGAUGAGGGCCCGACAUCCACAGGUGGGGGUUGUGCAGCUCAACACCAUGCAGGGUGUUUUGGCAUUUGCCAGAGAGGUUCACACUGAGCAUGUUCUGCUGCCUGCAACAUCCUCCAGUAUGACCGGUUUGGCAGUGGAACAAGACUGGAAGUUGUUUUACUUCUUGUCCAAGAAGAGAAGAAAUCUCCUCAAAAAUCCAAACGGAGCAGAAAGACUAAACAGCUGGGAGAUCUUGAGAAAUGGUGGUGAUAGAUGGGUUGCUAAGGAAAUUAGGCAACCACAUCCAGAUGAAACAAUCAAAGCAAACUUUGUGACCUCUUUUGAAAUGUGCAUAAAGUCACAGCUGAUUGACUUGGAGAAGAAAGGUUACAGUCCAUCUGUUAUGGAUCAUGCCCAACCAGAUAUCAAAAUAUCUGAUUGGAUUCUUACACGUUUCGACUGUGGGGGCAGUUAUGAUAUCCGGGUAGAGUUGCUAGAUCAAAAGAAGCAGCUUAUUGAGAUCUUUUUACCUGAGACUAUUUACCGUGGCGCGGGACGUGAAGAAUGGAAACAGAUUACCUAUGUGUUUCAUAAAUAUGGACCAGGAGUGAGAUACAUUCAAUUUACACAUGGAGGGAAGGAUUUAAGGUGGUGGAAAGGACAUUUCGGAAUUCACAUUACUGGCAGCUCUGUUGAGUUAUUUCCAACACUGGACACACAGACUACAUAUGUAGUCGGUGGGAUUCAUUUAACAUGUGCUUACUAACUUUCUCUGAAAUUAUACUAAUCAUGUUUAACUUAUUUAACCUGCUUUUAAUUUAGAUGUUUUUGCAUCUUAAACCAACAAAAUGGAUAAAACAGUUUUUUGACUGUUUUAUAUUGACAGUUAGCAUCAUAUUUUGACAGUUUGCCUACAAUUGCACAUUAUUUUCUUACAUCUUACUUAUCAUCCAUUCAUGUUUCUGGAGCUAUGAUUAAUAUAUGUGCACAAGGUUUGGAAUAGAAAGUUUUGUAUAUGUGUGUGUAUAUCAUCCUGAGACGUUAUGGUGCAAUGAGAA